AUGGACUACGCCGCACCAGCCGCCAGGAUACCGAGAUUCUACCGCCAACGGCAGAAUAUCCCACUCAACGACCAAGAGGAGCAUCCUGCGCCGGCCAGUUGUGAGCCGGAACCCAGACGAGAGGACAUGGGCAGAGCUCAUCGCUUCUUUCACCGCCGCGCAGCCCACGGGAACACGCGUGUAGUCACGGUUGCCGUCGAGGUUGUUGCUACUGUCGACACCAACGGGAAGUUGGUUGCGGAGGAGACUCUGGCGCCCGUCACACCACAGGUCCCUACUCCGGCAGUCACGGCAGCAGUCCCCGCAUCACAGCCCUCGGUGCGUCCAGCAGCGCAGCAGCCCCUCCCGUCUGUCCAACUGCCUGCUGUACCGGCUGUGCCUACAGUAGCUCUCCCUGUCUUGCCAGUCGUGCCAGCCGUUCCCACAGUGCCGGUUCCCGUGUUGCCAUCUGUACCAGCAGUACCGCCUUUUCCUAGCGAUCUCACCGUCCCUGGAUAUCCCUAUUCUACAGACGUUCCUGUUGCGCAACCUGCAUCUCCAGAGGUCCCCAGCGCAUCGCCAGUGCCGACAGGUGGACCCGGAAGUACCGUCAGACCACCUGGAGUCCCAAAUCUAUCGCUCCUUUCGUCAAUACAUUCCGGAAAUUCGACCGCGUCCACGACAGAGCUCGUCGCCUCCAUUGCCGAUGCGCCAACUUUGGCGUCUGCAUCACAGUCUUUACCCACAUCCAGCUCUUUGCGAUCUUCGACAUCUUUGACAUCUUCGACAUCUUCGACAUCUUCAAAAUCUUCGACGUCAAAAUCUUCGACGUCCUUGACAUCUGCGACAUCGACAUCAACAUCUGCCGAGUCUCGUUCUGCUAGUCGCUCCGCAUCUACCCCUGAUGCGUCCACGACGGCCGUCUACUAUGGCGGCGGCGGCGGUAAUGCGCCUGGAACGGUGACUUCCCCUGCUGCAGCCACGUCAACUGCUUCUGGUGCAGCUGCCAGCAGCCCCUCUCCACUUGAGACUCCACAAGUAGUCGGGAGUAUAGUAGGCAGUCUUGCUGGUGCUGCGCUUAUCCUCGCUCUAAUCCUAUUGCUUCUCCGACGCCACAAGCGAAAGAGAGGCGGUGCGCUGCAACUCACUGGCGACGAUCAUAUCGAAAACCCCCAGUCUGUCAGACAGGCGCCUGCGAGUAGCAGUCUUGUCCCUGCAGCCUUUCUCCACCGCUUCUCUGCCAUGUCGGGCAAGACAGCAGACACCACCACCAGCGCUGGUGAGAGGAGCUUCCAGAGGGUGUCUGGCCGCAAACUCCCCUCCGCAUUCAGCGAGGGCAUGACAUCGGACCAGUUUGCUGGCGGAAGCACAAUGUCUGGUUCGUCCUUCUACCAGGAUGAGCACGGUGUCUAUGGCGGCCCGGGCCUGUCAAAAGAGUUUGGAAAGGAGAUUGGCGACUCCUCUCUUAACCGCGAGUCAGGACCGAUGAACAUCCGGCCUGGCCCAGCCAAAACACCAGUCAUACGGCACCCCGAAGACGACAACCCCUUUUCGGACCGCAACUACCUGAGCCCACCGCAGUCGCCCAACACCGAGCCCCCUCCUAGAGGCACGCUUGGAAGAAGCCUGCCCUCAGCCGAUGGGUCGCGCUCGAGCAGAUUCACGGAGAAUGUCUGAACGAGCCUUUACCCCUUCUUACACUCGCUCAAUCUCUUUACCUCACGACACGCAUGAACGUGCGUAUUGCUUUAUCUGCAUUGUAUCUACCGUCUCGAUUGUCGGCGGUCUGUCUUGUAUACCCCUGGAUCCGCUCGACAAAUUCGAUACUCACCACAUACUGUCCUUAAUCGGGUCGCAUUACCGCGGCCUAGAAUAAUGUCUUGUCGGUCUCCACUUCUGCUUUUUUACAUUUGUCUGGUUUCGAUUCGUACGAGCUGCCGUUUGGGAGCAGUGCGCAGUUACACCCUGGUUGCUUGAUAGAGAUACCCAGGUCCGCCCGUUUGUUUACAGGUCGUGUAUAUAUGCUGCGUCAAGGUAGCCCAUGCAUGUAGUCGCCAUGUUUGACAUGUAUUGCGAUUCGUGCAGGCUAGAGGUCUAUUUGUAGAGUCGGUUAGGUUUAUCCCUGACCAAUGCACAAAAGUUUGAUCUUGAA